AUGGCUUCUACCCAAUGUUUCUUGCACCACCAUGCCCUUACCACCCCAGCCAGAUCCCCAUCACAACGCAUCAUGGUUAGCACCAAGCCUAACCAGCUUGUGUGCAAGGCCCAGAAACAGACAACACCCCAAGAGGAUGAUGUCAGCCCUAUCUCUCGCCGGUUAGCUCUAACUGUGCUCAUUGGUGCUGCUGCUGUUGGCUCCAAAGUCCAACCUGCAGAUGCAGCCUAUGGUGAAGCUGCCAAUGUGUUUGGAAAGCCAAAGACAAACACAGAUUUCCUGCCAUACAAUGGAAAUGGAUUCAAACUAUCGAUUCCCUCAAAGUGGAACCCAAGCAAAGAGGUUGAAUACACAGGCCAGGUUCUUAGAUAUGAGGAUAACUUUGAUACAACCAGCAAUGUUGUUGUCACAGUGACUCCAACUGAUAAGAAGUCCAUCACUGACUAUGGUUCGCCCGAAGAGUUCCUCUCUAAGGUGGAUUAUUUACUAGGAAAACAGGCCUUCUUUGGCGAAACUCAAGCUGAGGGUGGUUUUGAUCCAAAUGCUGUGGCCACGGCUAACAUCUUAGAGACUGCAACACCUGUGGUUGAUGGGAAGCAGUACUAUGUUUUGACUGUGUUGACAAGGACUGCUGAUGGAGAUGAAGGUGGGAAGCACCAAUUAAUUAGAGCAACUGUAAAAGACGGAAAACUGUACAUUUGCAAGGCUCAAGCUGGAGACAAGAGGUGGUUUAAGGGAGCAAGAAAAUUUGUGGAGAACACAGCCAGUUCUUUCAGUGUUGCUUAA